CUACUCGUUCCUAACGACGACUAUCGCCAAUUCAACGCCAGUGGUAAUCACCUCUUAAUUUUGCAUAAUACGUGUAAACGGGGCUUUAAAUUCAACAGAGCUUUUAUCAUGCAAAAUGAGAUAAAUAAAUAACUUGUGAUGUGGGGGGUACAAACUGCUACUGCUUCUAAAGACACUGUGAGAUGGAUAUAGGUGGUAUUCGAAUCCCUUACAAAACCAGAGCCAAUGCAUUCCUAGAGGACAGCAUUGCUGUUAAGGAUCCAAUCAAAUUAUUCGACCAAUGGUUCCAAGAGGCAAGAAACACCCAGGAGCUGAUCGAGCCGAAUGCUAUGUGUUUAUCAACCGCCACAAGGGACGGUAUUCCAUCGGCACGUUUCGUUCUGUGUAAGGGCUACGGGGAGGAUGGUUUUCAAUUUUACACCCACUACACAAGUCGCAAAGGCCGAGAGUUGGAGGAAAAUCCCAAUGUAGCUCUAACAUUCUACUGGAAUGCGCUCAAUAGGUCGGUAAGAAUUGAAGGGACUGCAAGUAAACUACCGAUGUCAUUUGCCGAUGAUUAUUUUAAAAGUCGACCUCAUGCAAGUCAGAUUGGAGCUUUAUGCAGUGACCAAAGUGAAUUAGUUGAGAGCAGGGAUAAGUUGGUAGAGUUCGCGGAUGAGUUGAGAAACAAAUAUGAGUCUGGAGAAGUACCGAAACCACCACAUUGGGGUGGAUAUACCGUGGUGCCAAAGUCGAUCGAAUUUUGGCAGGGACAAAAUGAUCGCAUACACGAUCGAAUUAAGUUUCGUCAGGCUCACAAUGACGAAAUUCCCGAUUCACUUUUAACACAUAAGGGUGUUGGAAAUUGGAUUUAUGAACGACUACAACCAUAACAAGAGGUCUUCCAGAUGAAAUUUGAUUUUAUAUUUUAUCAAAGUUAUGUAAUUAAGCACAUGUAAUACAAUUUUUUUUGGUA